AUGGCUGAGAAUGCUGCUGAUGACAUGUACGAUGGCUGCAGAAAUGAGAUGGAGCACAAAGUGAAGGAGUAUCUCAAUGAGAAGAACCAAGACCAAAACUUUCAACUGGCCUGGUCUCAAACUGAGCAGCACUUUAAGAAUAAAUUUAGGAAGACAUGGGGUCGUAACAAGGUCCCAAACUCCAUUGGGAAAGAACAAAUCAUGGCCAUUUAUGUUUAUACUCUUGACCACCCGCCAAUCUAUUUGGAUUUCAAUGCUGCAGUGCGGAGCCAGAGAUCCCAGUACAAGACCACAUUCAGAUAUCACGCUCUACACUUCUUCUUGACAGACGUCAUCCAAAAACUCAGGUCAUGACGAAAGGGACUAGAAAAUUGUCUGACCACCUUUUCCCGGACGGAAACUUUGUUCCGUCUAGAAUCUCCCAACAAACAGAUCCGAUUCGGCGCUUUCAUGUCUACCUCGAUGGACAACCUUCGUGUUGAAAAAUACGGAGACAAAACAUGCUUUGAGGUGACAACAUGCUUCGGAGCAGAUAUUUCACAAUAUUUGAAGUUUGGUGAGUCGGAGAGAGAGGUCCUAAUUCCUCCAUAUGAGCGCUUUAAGGUGACCAAGGUGGAGAGGCGCACUCCAAGAAGAGACUUUCCAUGUGAGGUGGUUUACACACAGAAAAAGAGGUUACCAGGUGGCCACAGAUCAGUUUGA